AAGCACACAUUCUCGAGUAGUCAUCAAGAGCUUGACAUAGCAAGCACAAGUCGAAAAUGAUCUUCCGAGCCCUACCAAUCUUCGCCAUCCUUGGAGUGGCUGCUGUUCUGGCUGUGCCACUUGCUCAAGACGGCUCUUCUUCCGACGUUAACAAACCAAGCAACUCUGGUCAAAAUGCUUCGCCUCAACUCAAGGACAAAACCAAUGACAUCCUUGCAAAUCUGCAGAAUCUCGUCGACUCCGCCGAAAAAACUGUCCAGAAACAGUUGAAGGAUAUUGCUGACGAAACUGCUCAUGUUACAAACAAUGUAACAGGUCAAGCCAAAGAUAUCCAACAGAAAACUCAAAAUCUCGUGAGUAAUGCCGCGAAUUUGUUGGACAAGACUCUUGAGCAAAUCCAUAAUGCGACCACCCAGGUUGUGGGCAAUGCUAAAAAAACUGCCCAAAGUGAAAUAAGCAAAGCUAAGGACAGUUUGGCUCAACUGAGUGAUCAGAUCAAAAAAGACAUCGCUGUUGUGAAAGACCCCAAAGUUGCCAAUGAACUCCAACAAAAAUUGGGAGACCUUAUCCAAAAGGGUUCUAAUGCUUUGGACCAAGCUAACAAUGACUUGCUAAAAUCGGUAGAUGCUGUUAAAAAUAACACUGCUAAGGCUUUUAACAAUGUGAAAUCAAAUGCACAGAAAGCACUGCAAAAUGCUCAGAACACAGCUUCAAAUCUAGCGCAAGAUGCAGGAAAAGACGUUACUGACACUUUAAAACAAGUAAAGAAUGACGUAGGCAAAGUACAGAAUGAAACCGCAGCAGUCAUGGGAUCUGUUGGCAAGAUUAUCAAGGAUAAAAUUAAUGCUGUCAAACAAAACGUUAAUAACAUUAUCAACAAAGCGAAAAACAUCUUAAACGAAGCAGUGAAUGAUGUUAAACAGGAAGCUAAACAGAUCGCAGACGGUAUCAAAAGCGAUGCUGAGGAUGUCAAGAACGUAGUUAACAAAAUUGUAGGUGAUGCUAAGAAUGGGGUUUCUAAUAUCAUUAACCAGGUCGGUGAAGCUCUGAAGAAUACUACGCAAGCAAUUGAAAAAGAAGCUGGUCACAUUGUUGACGGAGUUACAAAUGUCAUUUCUAAAAUCAAUGACUCUCUUACAAAGACAUUGGGCAAUAUUCUGCAAUCUGUAGGGAAAAUCCUUGACUCCGUUGGACAGAAAAUCAAAGAAAUAAAUCAGAAAGCUGGGGGAGUCCUCCAAAAUGUGACGCACGCAAUUGAAAAUCAAGUCAAGAAUGCCCAAGAUAAUGUCUCCAAAUUGGUGGGUAACAUACAAAAUGGUAUCCAACAACAAUUGCAAGCAGUUAAGAAUAACAUUGCUAACGCCAAGAAUGGUAACGACAAAGUCAAGGCAGCAUUGAAAGACAACGUUGAAAAGGUUGCUCAGGGGCUUAACCACACUGUAGGUAAUUUGGAGAACAAUCUUAAGAACGCUCUCCAGCAUGCAAAGGAUAAUGCUAAGAACAUUGUUGGCAACUUGACGGCUACAAAUGGCAACAUUCUGCACAGUAUCCAUAAUGUUCUAACCGGCCUUGCAAAUGCAAACCAUCACCUUCUGGAUGAUGUAAAAAAUUCGACAAAGAAGGCUUUGGCAAAUGCUGUGAACAUUGCCGCCGAUUUAGUCCAUAAUGCCGAAAACAUAGUUGAUAACCUUGCACAUGAUGGUGGCGAUCUCGUAAAGGGUACUGUCUCUACUGUUCACGACAUCAUUGGCGGUGUUGUGGAUGGCAUUCACAAUGUCGCGAAAGGCGCGGUUGGACUGGUUAAAGAUAUAGUAGGCAAUGUUGCUAAUGGAUUGGGAGACGUUGUACACACUGUUGGAGAUGGCAUAAAGAAUGUUGUUGGCUUUGUUCACGAUCUUCUUGGUAAUUUGGGCCAUGGUCUUGGAGAUGGCAUAAAAGAUUUUGUACAGACAGGUAACAAUCUUCUUGGAAACUUAGUUAACGGUGCUGGAGACGGUUUGAAAGAUAUUGUGAAUACCGGUAACAAUUUGCUUGGCAACAUAGUCCAUGGUCUUGGAGAUGGUUUAAAUAAUGUUGUGAAGGCAGGUUCUGAUUUGGCUGGCAACUUAGUUCAUGAUCUUGGAGAUGGUGUAAAUAGUGUUGUAAACACGGGUGUUGAUGCUGCUGGUAAUUUGGUCAAUGGUAUUGGAGACGGAAUAAACGGUGCUGCGAAGACAGGUUCCGAUAUUACUAAUGGUGUCGUUAAUACCGUUGGAGAUGGUAUAAAGGGUGCUGCAGAUAUCGGUUCUGAUGUCGUUAACGGUGUUGCUGAUGGUAUCUCAGGCGUACUCGGCCUGCUUGGUUAAGUACCAAAUAUAAAUUGCACACCUGAUGUUAUCUACGAUGAAACAACAGCACGAAUCGAAAAUUAAAAGAAGAAACUAGUACCAGACUUUGGCAUUAAAAUUUUAAUUCAAGAAUCAAAGAAAAUAGACAAAUGACGUGUUCAAAACUGGUACAAGCUCGGUUUAAACGAAAAAGUAUAUAUUAUUUUGUUAUAAAUAAUUGU